ACAUUUUCAGUCGGACUGUUUUGAUUUUGUCCGCCCUUAAAAGAGUUUCUCGCUUUUUUCAGUACAACACAAACAUGCGCUGCUCCCUGCUGCAGUACCGACUGCAUCCUCCAGGGGCGCUGCAGCCAAACCAAGCGGUAAUCAGCAGCACUUCAAGGCUAAAACGUCAAAAAUAUUCUUCCUUGCAGUUUAUUUAUUCGAGCUAUUUUGCAUAUUUUCUGUUUUCUUGGAAAAAACAGGCAUAAAAACAGAAAAACUCUAUCUGUAAAAGAAAAUAUACAUAUUUAAUUUUAGUUUUGUAAAAUUUGGACACCAAAAUGUAAGAACUGUAUAGUCAAUUUAACAAAGUCCUUAAAAUCUCACUGCAAGUAUUAGCAUGGCAAACAAUGCAUUUCCCCUUGAGGAUCAAUAAAUUAUAUUCUAUUCUGCUCUAUUAUAGGUAUAGAUAUAUAUAAUGUCACACACAGAGAGCCUGCUCAGUGUUUUCCCAGCCGCCGUAAAAAAGAAGAACUGCUCAGUGUUUGCGGAUGUAAACGUGGAUGGAUGCUAAUGGUGGAGCAUAGCUUAUGAUUCUGAAGUUGUUAACAACUUAUUCUGGAUUAUUGUCCACUAUGGUCGUCAUUUUCCUUCCCAGGAUGGAAGGAAUAGUGACAUUUAUUGAGUAUAAGGUUAAUUAAAUGUGACCUGGCCAUGCAGAUGCAGGUCAUAUUUGAAAAGAUCAGAUGUGUAUCAGAUUUAUAACUACAUUUCUAAGUAUCUUUCAGUUCUGUAUUUCUGUCACUUCAGCCUUAGUUUCACAGAUAUUUCUUGCAAUUUUGAAAGUUAGAACUUUAUGUUAUGUUAUGCUGAUGAUACUCAGCUACAUCUAUCCAUAAAGCCUGAUGAAUCCAGUCUAUUCUUUAUUUAUAAGAUCAAAUAAUUAAGUGAAGUAGAAACCAGGUUAGAAAUAUUCUGUCCAGGAGUGAUGCUGGAAAUCAGGUCCAUGUGUUUGUUACUUCAAGGCUGGACUGCUGUAACACCAACAGAUAACAACUAAAAUGCACAACAUUAAUUAUGACAGUAGAUAAAAACAUAUACAAAAUAAUGCAAAAUUACACAUGAAACCCUGUGUAUAAUUAAAUCUAUCUGAUAUAAUGCUGGGGAAGAAAACACAGAACUGAUCCUGAUUCACUCCAUGGUUACUGGUUGUUAUGGUAACCACCAACUUUCAAGAGCAACAUAACUGACAGCAGGGCAGCGCAGUGCCAGAAACACUUUUUAGAAAGUAGAAGUUGAUCUUCGUGUUCAAUUAGCAGUUGCAGUUGAUAGCACCAAGUAAACGACAAAAAAUAGAAGUGGAAGCAUGAAACCACAGGUUCGCUGACCUCUGACCUAAAACACAGAGCUUAAACACCUCGUCUGCUGCUGACACACAUCACCAGUAUUAUAAGUCGACGUGUUUUUGGUUUUGGUAUUUUUCAUGUUAGGAUCAUGUUUGGUUCCUGGACUGUCUCUGCCGUGCUCCUUCUGUACUUCAUGCAGAAAAGUGGCUAUGCUCGUUUGAUCUACACAAAAGUUGGCGACUCUGUUGUCCUGCAUCCAGGUCAGACCUUCAGUUCCAUGUCGACAAUAACCUGGAAGCACAACAUGAACAACAUCAUGGAGUGGUCUGGAGCUGAUGUAACUUGUUUAAGAAGUUUUAUUGGCCGCUGUGGCUUGGACAAAUCAACUGGAAGUUUGAUCAUCAACAAUCUGACAGUAGACGACACUGGCAACUACAACCCUGAGAUUGACAGCAAGAUGUUUGAUCAGAUAGAGCUCUGGGUUAUCAUACCAGUCCCAAAACCCACAGUGUCCAUAGAAUGCAACAGGGAGUUGAGCUCCUGUGACCUCACCUGUAAAGCCAACAUCACUUCUCAUUUUGGACCCGUCACGUAUAGAUGGGAGUCAGGAGACAAGCUGCUGUCCAGUAAAAUUAAGCUGAGCUUAACAGCGAAUAACGUGGAGCCCUCCUAUGUCUGCAUGUUGCUAAACCCCUUUAGCAACUCGUCCAGUGAUGAGGUGCGGAACCCCAUUAAACCUAGAAGGAUUCAUCCUGCAGCACUGGCUGUACCAGUUUUGAUUGUGGUUCUGACUCUGGUUGCCAUUGGUGGCUAUAUUAGGCACAAGAAAGAGCAAAAACAAGCACAGAAUGUUGAAGAACCCCCUGACGAGACGCCUGCUAUACCCCUGAAACCCGUGAGGGAAAAUGGAAGAAGUUUGGAAAGUAUUGAAAGUAUUAGACCGACCCCAGCUCCAGUACGGAGGUUCAGCUCUGCACGAGAACUUUAUCUCCAAGAUGACGAAGAGCGGUGGGUGGAGAACCAUCCGGAGUACAGGAAGCUGAGCCGCGAGCUGCGGGAAUUCCGACUUCAGAGAGACCUCUAAAUUCAUCACAGAUGUAUUGAAUCAAGCAAAGCACCGCUUGACCUUUGUCUUUUGCCACCUCACAACAAACUAAAUACAUUUUAUUGAGAUUUUGGAAGCAAAGUUCUUUAAAUCAAUCAUUUGUUGUUACCCCCCAAAUCAACUAUUUCUGCUCAUAAAGUGUCUAAAUUGGUCCUCAACAGUAUUGUUAUAAAAUUUCUUCGACCUAAAUGUGUUCCUUUGUAAUUAUUUUAUUUGUGUUACUUUUAUUUUUUAAUUUUAGACUUUAAGAUAUAUAAGGUAUUUAUGCUGCUUCUAGGUUGAGAAGUGCGGUUACAUGCGCAUGUGCGGAAGUAAGGUUAUGUUACGUUGUCAUGGUUACUAAUAAACAAGCGUUGUAAACAUC